GUGGUACCACCACACACAGCCCCCUGUGCCCUCCUGCCGUCCGUGACGUGACGCAGCCGAGCCGCGCGCGCGCUCCGGGCCGGACGCCUCCGCUCGAAUCGAUGGACGCCGAGGCCGGCGUCGCCGGCGCCGACCAGCUUCCGCGGAGGCAGUACUACCUGAAUCUACUGCUUUUAGCUUACCAGAGCUUUGGUGUUGUUUACGGGGACCUGAGCACAUCGCCUCUCUACGUGUAUAAAAGUACGUUCUCUGGAAAGCUCAGACACUACCAAGACGAGGAGACAGUGUUCGGCGUACUUUCGCUCAUCUUUUGGACCUUCACUCUGAUUCCUUUGCUUAAGUAUGUCAUCAUCGUCUUGAGUGCUGAUGAUAACGGCGAAGGUGGACCAUUCGCUCUCUAUUCGCUCCUUUGCAGGCAUGCAAAACUCAGCUUGCUGCCAAAUCAACAAGCAGCUGAUGAGGAGCUAUCUUCAUACUAUAGAAAUGGGUUCGCGCCUCGCAAUGGAUCUUCACCUUGGUCAAGAAGGUUUCUGGAGAAGCACAAAAAAAUGAGGACUCUGUUUCUUCUCAUAGUUCUCUGUGGCGCUAGCAUGGUGAUUGGUGAUGGUGUCCUUACCCCAGCAAUCUCAGUACUCUCGUCUAUGUCUGGAUUACACGUUCGAGCUACUGGUCUACAUCAUAGUUCUGUAGUUCUCCUUUCAUGCAUUGUGUUGGUUGGUCUAUUUGCAUUGCAACACCGAGGUACUCAGAAGGUUGCAUUCAUGUUUGCACCAAUUGUCAUCAUCUGGCUGCUUUCCAUUGGAGGAAUUGGUUUAUACAACAUUCUUCAUUGGAACCCAAAUGUAUAUCAAGCUCUCUCUCCAUAUUAUAUGGUUAAGUUCUUUAGAAAGACAGGCAGUGAGGCAAUGUUUGCUGACCUUGGUCACUUUACGAGUGCAUCUGUCAGGGUGGCUUUUAUUACCGUCAUAUACCCAUGCCUUAUGCUACAAUAUAUGGGUCAUGCUGCAUUUCUGUCGAAGAACACAUUUCACAUGCCGACAGGUUUUUAUGAUACUAUCCCAGAACCAGUGUUUUGGCCUGUCUUUGUGGUGGCCACACUUGCUGCUGUUGUUGGUAGCCAAGCUGUUAUUUCAGCAACAUUCUCCAUUGUGAAACAAUGCCAUGCUUUGGGAUGUUUCCCGCGAGUGAAGGUUGUCCACACAUCGAGGUGGAUCUAUGGGCAGAUAUAUAUUCCAGAAAUAAAUUGGAUUCUUAUGGUUCUUUGCGUCGCUGUCACUAUUGCAUUUCGUGAUACUACUCUUAUUGGCAAUGCCUACGGUAUUGCAUGCAUGACUGUUAUGCUUGUUACUACAUUCUUGAUGGCAUUAAUAGUCAUCUUUGUUUGGCAAAGGAACAUAAUAUUUUCCCUAGUUUUCCUGGUUUUCUUUGGAUCCAUUGAAGCUGUAUAUCUUUCGUCAUCUCUCAUGAAGGUUCCUCAGGGAGGAUGGGUGCCUCUUGUGCUUGCAUUCAUAUUCAUGUCAGUCAUGUACAUCUGGCACUAUGGGUCAAGGAGGAAGUACCAGUUUGACCUACAGAACAAAGUAUCAAUGAGAUCCAUCCUAUCUCUCGGUCCAAGCCUUGGCAUAGUUCGGGUUCCUGGUGUUGGAUUGAUUUACACAGAGCUGGUCACUGGUGUACCCUCCAUCUUCUCCCAUUUUGUCACGAAUCUCCCUGCCUUCCAUGAAGUUCUAGUCUUUCUCUGUGUGAAGUCAGUGCCAGUGCCAUAUGUUUCACCAGAUGAGCGAUACCUUGUGGGUAGGAUUGGACCUAAAGAAUAUCGGAUGUACCGUUGCAUUGUUAGAUAUGGUUACAAAGAUGUGCAGAGAGAUGAUGACAAUUUUGAGAACAUGUUAGUUAUGAGCAUCGCAAAGUUUAUUAUGAUGGAAGCAGAAGAUGCUUCUUCAGCAAGUUAUGAUAUCGCUAACGAAGGAAGGAUGGCGGUCAUAACAACCACUGAUGCCUCUGGCAGCCCAUUGGCCAUGAGGGAUUUCGACGGCCUAGCUGACUCCAUGUCUACGAGGAGCAGUAAAUCAGAAAGCCUUCGAAGUUUGCAAUCCUCCUACGAGCAAGAAUCCCCGAGUGUAAACCGGCGCCGCCGUGUCCGCUUUGAGGUCCCAGAGGAGGAUGGCAUGGGUCAGCAAGUGAAAGAAGAACUCACGGCACUAGUUGAAGCGAAACAUGCUGGGAUCGCAUACAUCAUGGGGCAUUCUUAUAUCAAAGCCAGGAGGAACUCAAAUUUCCUGAAGAAGUUUGCUAUUGAUGUUGGUUACUCUUUCCUCCGGAAGAACUGCAGAGGCCCAUCAGUCACGCUGCACAUUCCACACAUUAGUCUGAUAGAAGUCGGCAUGAUCUACUAUGUUUAGCUUAAGGCCCAUUGCCGAAGCUCACAUGUGGAUACCCGGUCGGGGCAAUGCUUGUGCUGUCUGCGGAUUGUGGUGUGGAAGGAGUUCAGGCUUGUUCGUUCUGGGCCAAGUUUCAGCUUGUAGAGAAGAAGGCAGACUUCUUUGUUAAUAUUAUUUUUAGCCUAAAUAAACCAGCACAAUGUUAGACGGUGAUGUUUCUCAUUUGGCAUAUUUGCAUGCAUGCUCUGUAAUUUUUUCUGCGAGCUAUGUGAUGGAAAUAUAUGCAUCAUCUUUAUAAACUGGUCAGGGUUCUACUCCUUCCGUUUC